AUGGCCGGUGUGAUGGACAUACUCAUCAAUAGGACCGUCGUAGAUGACCUUCCCGUGCCAUGUCAUCUCAAGCUGUUCAUGGCGGCAAGCUAUGGCGAUAUGAAGAAGCUACAAGAGCUUCUGAGCUCGUCCACCUCGUUGGCGAGUGAGGAGGCCGGCGACUCCGCGGCACUGGCGGUUACCAGUGAGGAGAACUCGGCACUCCAUGUGGUAGCAACCGACGGGGACAGCCAGAAUUACCGUGACUGUGCAAAGGUGAUCCACGGCAAGGCCAGGCAGCUGUUGUUCAAGCGCAACAGGCACGGCGACACGCCGCUGCACCGCGCCGCCCGGGCCGGGAACACCGGCAUGGUCUCUUACCUGAUCGAGCUCGCGGCCGGCGACGGGGUGGCCAAAGACAUGGUGAGGCUGCAGAACAACGAUGGGAGGACGGCGUUGCAUGAAGCGAUCGGCUCUGACGACCGAGAAAUGGUGGGUGAACUAAUGUCAAAAGACAAGGAGCUGGCCCAAGUGAAUGCAUCUGAUGGUACUUCACCACUGUUCCUAGCAAUCUCGCUGGGUCAUCACAGCAUUGCUCGGCAGUUGCACGGGUAUGACAAAGACUUGUCCUACUCUGGCAAAAAUGGACAAAAUGCCUUACAUGCUGCCGUUCUUCACAACAAUAGAAUGGCACGGGAGUUGCUACUCUGGACCAAGGAAAACCAGGAAAAAAGAAAGAAGCUCGUUGAACAGCAGGACGAUUGUGGAAGUACGCCAAUGCACGUGGCUGCAUCAGCAGAAGACCCCUCUUUGGAGUUUUUCCUUUUCGCUUUUGUUGACAAGAGCAUGGAAAACAGUUCCUUCAGCCUCUACUAUGAUAUUGCACCAUCCAAGUUGUUAUACCACUUCUAUGCUCGGAGGGAACACCCAAUGUGUCUACUGGCGGAUGUUGAGCCUUCUUUGGCAUUUCAGCCGGACAAAGAGGGGUCGUUUCCGGUGCAUGUGGCUGCCUCGGCAGGCAGCUUGGUCCCUAUUAUCAUCUUGCUCUUCCGCCACCCUUCUGCCUGUGCCGCCUGUGCCAGAUUGCGUGAUGCUGAGGGAAGGACCUUCCUUCAUGUUGCUGUUGAGAUGAAGAGGCUUAAUGUGGUUAGGUUUGUGUGCAACAGGUUAUCAGAGUUUAAGUCCGUCAUGAAUAUACAGGACAAUAAGGGGAACACUGCUCUGCACCGAGCUGUUGAUGGGGGGAACUGGGAUAUAUUCGGAACCCUCAUCUGGAACCCCCAUGUUGCAUUAAAUUUAGCAAACAAGGAUGGAAAGACCCCCAUGGAUAUUGCGGAGAUAAAAGCUCCUUCAGCUUCGGGAUUUAAUUUUGGAAUGCAUGCACGGCGUAGGAUACUUGGGUCUCUAACCUUUGCAAACGCUCAGAACGGCAACAAACGGCGCGAUCUUUGUGCCAUAGAACAGGAAAAGACAUUUGAUGAGACGGUCGAGGACGGGAAAAUAACAAGCUUCGCACAGAUUGUGGGCAUUGGAUCUGUGCUGGUGGCGACGGCGUCGUUCACUGCAGCCUUCACCAUGCCUGAUCCCGGCAACUCGUACUACUACGCUUUCAAUGGGUUCGUCCUCUCCAACACACUGGCAUUCAUCUGCUCCGCUUUAGCCACCUUCAGUCUCAUAUACACCGGCGUAGCCGCACUCGACAUAGAGAAGCGGAUAGAGCUAGUAUCCUUCUCUCUGGCGCUGCUCAUAGGUGCGGGGAGAAGCUUCUGUGCCGCCUUCGCCUUCGCCCUGUAUGUGGAGCUUGACCCACUAAAUCACAGGGCAGCCAUCGUCUCCUGCACCAUGACAAUUGUUGCGCUGCUCGAUGCGGUUUGGUUCAUGAGGUCGAUAUUCACCGAUACAGCACUUGCUCUUAGGAGGGGAUGGGGCAAGCGGCAAAGCAUCGAAUGGAGAUCAGUGGGCGAGCGAUUGGUGAGACUGGCGACUAGAUUCCUAGCCAACAUUGUCUAUCUCUUCUGGCCCUACAUCGUAAUCUUCGGUCUCUUGGAAACUAGAAAGAAUAUCACUGGACACAACAAGCUGGGCUGA